ACUAAAUGUUGGAUAUAAGGUGGACCAUUAACAUGUCAAUUUGAAAUAGGGAAGCAAAUGAAGUUUAACUGAAUACUUUACAUUACCCUUAUUGCAUUGAUAUAAAUUUCGUUUUAAAACUAAAGGUUCUUUUUCACCCUGACUAAAGGAUUACAUUUUCAAUGUUACGCGUGAUGACUGAUAAAGGAAGAAGGAAGUAAAAUCGGAGUCAGAUGGAUAUAUAUUUUAAUGUAAAAACGAAAUAGUUAAUUGUUUUGUGGCAGUAAUGUGGUAAUAUCAAUAUUCAAUGUGUUAUAAAAAUGAAAUGGUACAACAUGUGUUUAUUAACAUCAUUUGUAUUGUGUUUUUGCCUAGUAAGCACAGAAGGAAGGGGGCUUAAAUUACGGAAGUCUCAAGUAGAGGUUGACGAGUUUCAACCUUUGACGCUGAUUUGCGAUCUAGUAAAGCCGUAUCCUAUUGAUAUGAUAGACUGGAUCAGCAACGGCAAAACCGAAUUUAGCAUGGAAGAACACUGCUUAACGCAGAUUGAUUCAACGAAGGGCUACAACAUAAGUUGUUUAUCGUAUCGGCAAUAUAACUUGACUAUCAACAACGUUACAAGGAUGAAUCAUGGUGAUAUAUGGUACUGCCGUGAAGAUCAUUACUUGAAUGCUCAAAGCAACAAUGUAGAAAUUCAAGUAGAAGUUCCUAUUUCCAACAUAAGUCUAUUUACGGAAAAACAAUUUGUUACAGUAUCUGAAAAUGAAAGUGCGUUAGUUCAAUGUGUGAGUCACGGAGGGAUUCCGGCUGGACAAAUCACGUGGUUUUAUGACAAAGGAACACCGGAUGACGCCAGUGAUGAUGUCAUUCUAACUGAAAUGAAAAAUGAAACAAUCACACAAUUGGAUAACACUGUAACAACACGGAGUUACGUGGACCUCAAAGCAAACACGGAGCUUAUUGGAACUUCAUUAAACUGCAAGGCAACCAAUGAUAAAGUCGACUGGCUUCUCAGUAAUGGCACACUCAUUGCCGUUUUAUUAUUACCAUCUUCUGUUGAAAUAUCGCACCCACGUACACAGUUUGUAACUGCUUACAAAGAAAAAAGCGUUUACUUUGAAUGUGUUACCUCACCUGGAUACCCUGCGUCAUCUAUCACAUGGUAUAAACUGACCAAUGGAAGUGAGGUUAUUAUAAGCGCAGACGGUUCUUUAACUACAGAAAAGAAGGACAGGACAAUCGUAACAAGAAGUUGGGUAUCACUGAUCUUCAGUAUUUCAGACGAUUGGACAUCCGUGUACUGCACAGCAAAUAACUUUGCUGGAACUUUGACUUCGAAAACUCGAGCUGAUGUUCAUGUCCAUCAAGUAUCAGGUUGGCGUAAAUCACUUAUGAACCUAUAA